AUGCCAGAAAGGUGCAGGGGAUCAUAUGCCGUGUGGGCCCACUGGCGGUGGCCCUCGCCGCAUGGGGCGGCCGGAGGUGGCGCCCGCCGUUGCCGGCUGACGUUGGAGAAGGCACGCCUCUUGUGGGGCCCAGCAUCCACUUACUCGUGGUACCACCACCCAAGUUCCCAACGAGGUGAAUUUGCGGAGAUGACGGGAGGCGCGCGGAUGCCGACGUGGAAGGAGAGGGAGAACAACAAGCGGCGCGAGCGGCGGCGGAGGGCGAUCGCGGCCAAGAUAUUCGCCGGACUCCGGCUGUACGGCAACUACAAGCUCCCCAAGCACUGCGACAACAACGAGGUGCUCAAGGCCCUCUGCGGCGAGGCGGGCUGGACGGUUGAGCCCGACGGGACCACCUAUCGCAGGGGAUGCAGACCAACCGAGAACUUGGAAAUCGGGUCCUUAUCCACGAGCCCGUGCUCGUCCUACCAACCGAGCCCCCACACCUCAUACAAUCCGAGCCCUGCCUCCUCUUCUUUUCCGAGCCCUGCCUCGUCAGCAUACCCUCCCUCCAUACUUGCCGAUGGCAACUCCCUUAUCCCCUGGCUCAGAAACCUCUCCUCGUCAUCCUCCUCACCCGCCACGUCAGCAAAGUUCGGCCACCUCAUCCACGCGGGCUCCAUCAGUGCCCCUGUGACCCCUCCCUUGAGUUCCCGUACCCCACGAGUCGGCCUCGAUUGGGAUAACGGGCCCUUUGCACGGCCCGGGUGGGCUGGGCCCAAACGCCAGUUCCUCCCUCUGUCGACUCCUCCGAGCCCGGGCCGGUGGCUAGCUGGAGCCGAGAUCCAGCAAAGCGGGCCAGCCUCACCGACUUUCAGCCUUGUCUCGGCAAACCCGUUUGGGUUCACGGCGAAAGAUCUGUCGCGGGCCGGGCCCAUGGUGAUGUGCACUCCGGGCCAGAGUGGGACGUGCUCCCCGGCUGUUGGCCCAAUGGCUGACGUGGGCCCAAACGAGUUUGCAUUCGGGAAUGACGUGGCGGUAGGCCUCGUGAAGCCAUGGGAAGGGGAGAGGAUUCACGAGGAGUUUGGGUCGGACGAACUCGAGCUCACUCUCGGAAGCUCGAAAAUGAGAUGA